AUGAAGGUCUUGGCCAGGGUGAAAAUUUAUUUUAAUGUAAAUCAUACAGUGGAUGCAGAUGCAGAGCCUGAGCUACAUGAAAACCUUGAUAAACCAGAAAUUGGUGAACUUAAAUCCAAACCAUCAUUUAAAGUUGAACUUGUUAGAGGAAAAACAACAGUUAGUAUUUUGUGUUCCUUUGUUGCUCCUAGUGACCAAGACGAUGGUUAUAGUGUACUUAGAAUAAUACAUUUUGGCACACGCAUUACAGUUAAUAACCUUUCUCUUAAACAAAUAAUAGAAAUUUUCCCCAACACCAAAACAAAACACAAAGUGCUUAAAGUACUUUUCGCCAACGAUGUUAAGAUCUUCAGAAGCGAAGUGUAA